AUGACUUGUCAUAAAAAAAAAUGUAACCACUCUUCUAAUUAUAGCAGAAGUCGUUCAAGAGAUAUUGAGCGAAGAAAUGAUAGCUGUUCUUCCAGUUAUAGCAGGGAUAGAAAUCGCUCAAGAAAUAAUGAGCGAAGAAAAAAAGAUACACAAUAUAAAAAAAACAAAAAAAGAAAAGACAAGCGCUCUUUCCAUCAUCAGCAUGAUCGUACACUAUCUCCCGAUAGAUCAACUGAGAAUUCAAAGGUGGAAGACUCUGAAAAAGAUAAUCAAUCACAUAAUAAAAAUAAAAACGAAGCCGCAUUAGAAGAAGAAGUUCAAUAUUUAAGAGAAAUUAUCAAACAAGGAAAAUUAAGAGAGACCAAUGAGGGAGCCGCGAUUGCUACUAGUUCAUCUAAGAAAAUGGGAAAAGGAAAAUUACUUAGAAUUUCAGAAGAAACUUUACAGGACUCAUGUGUAGUAAACCAUAAUAAUACAGGACCUUUCAAACUUAUAAUUCCAGAAAAUCUUUUGUAUAAAAAACAAUCCACCUCCAUUUCACCUUCGCAAGAAAGACAAUCCACCUCCACUUCACUUUCGCAAGAAAAACAAUCUACCUCCACUUCACCUUCACAAGAAAGACAAUCCACCUCUACUUCACCUUUGCAACAAAAACAAUCCACCUCCACUUCACCUUCGCAACAAAGACAAUCCACCUCCACUUCACCUUCACAAGAAAGACAAUCCAUUUCCACUUCACCUUCGCAAGAAAGACAAUCCACCUCCACUUUACCUUCACAAGAAAGACAAUCUACCUUCACUUCACCUUCGCAACAAAGACAAUCCACCUCUUUAUCUUCAAGACCUCCAGUACGAAUUCCAAAACUUCACUUGUCAUUACCAUCUGGUUUCUAUUCAAGUAGUAAAAAAAUGAGUCAGAAGAAGCACAACCAUGGUGAAUCUGAGCAAGAAUAUUCUGACUUCGAGCAAGACUCUGGGCAAUCUUCUGACUCCGAGCAAGAAUGUUCUUACUCCGAAUCAAGUUCUGAUUCUGAACAAAGAUCCAGAUCCAAAUCAGAUCAAAGAUCGAAAUCUCAACGAUCAUCCAAAUCUAGACCUAAAUCAGAUCAAAGAACUUCCAAAUUUAAACGAAAAUCUAAAUCCAAUCGAAGUUCCUCUAAACAAAGAUCAAAAUCUAGACGAAGAUCUUCCUCUAUUUAUCAACAAUUACAUCAGAGGACACAAAAAUAUUUAAAUGUUGAGGAUUUGCCUAAGACCUUUAAGGAAGCUUUGAGGAGAGAAUUGUUUUGGGUUAUUGAGAGAAUUCCAGCCAAAAGUAAAUUGGACCUAAACAGUACAUUCAAUUCACAACAUAACCUUGUAACUGGCACAAUAAUUCCAACUGUAAUGAAAGUUUUAGAUUUGGAUGCAUUUCUGGUUACGGAAGCUGUUAUAUAUGAUAUGAUUCAUGCUCGCCAUAAACAUCAACAGGCUUUUCAAGAUAAAAAAGCACGAAAAAAGCAUUUAAACAGUCGUAGAAAUGAUAAACGAUUGAUGAGAGCCAGAAUGAUAGAGAACUUACAAGCAAUCAAUGAUCCUUUGAUUAAGAAAUUUAAAAAAAAUGAGCUUCAACAAAUUAAAGAAAUUUCUGCAUUUUAUUCACCUGAAGUUUCUGAGACAGAUACUGAAAAUCUUAAUGGAAAACACAAUAUUGUUGUUAAGAAACUGAAGUGGCAUUCAUUGACUCUUAAGUUGUUUCUACGAAACUAUAUUGAUCAAUUAUUUACAGAAACUUCCAAGGUUCCAAAGAAACGAAUUCGUGUUUAUGAUGAUAAUUUCUACGAAAAAGAACAAACUGCACCAUUUCAUUCACCAAAAUGGGCAGUUGGAGAUUAUCAAGGAUUUCUAAAGGAUGAAGUCGAAAGGGCUUGCUAUAGAAGAAAAUCCGAUGCCCUUUCAUAA